AUGAGUGAAGACCACUUGGAGGAGAGACUGACCGGCUUCCUCAGCUCCCAGGAGAUCCAGGAGUCUGACCAGCCAAAACUCCUCACCAGUGUCAUCAUAGGACUGGUAGUGGCCUUGCUGCUGGUCCUCGUGAUUCUGACCACGGCCCUCCUGUGUGUGCGGAAGAGCUACCACCGGAAGCUUAGAGCUAUAAAGGCUGGCAAGGAGGCCCGGAAGUCGCCAACACAAGUAAUGACUUCAGCUGUUGCUAUCCCUGGGACUAACAUGUACAACACUGAGCGAGCCAACCCCAUGCUGGACCUCUACACCAAUGAUCUGGAAUUGGAGAAUCUUUCCUCCAGUGACCUGGACUAUGUCAGCCUCAACUCCCUAGAUAAAAACGCUGUGGACUUGGACACAGACAGUAAGGAAACCAAGAAGCCGCUUCCACACAACUCACCUGAACUGGACCCAGAGCCCCUGAGUGUAGUGCUCGCCGGAAGGCAGGUGGGCACAAGUGGACAUCAGCAGAGGGAUCUGUCCUUCACCAACCCUAGCCUGGACACCACAGACCUGUGAC